AUGGUCAGAGGUGGGAUCGAUUGGCUCGAUGCUUUAUGGCGACAAAUGAGCGGGUGCGAGGAGGAGGACGUCGACGAAUUAUCGGAAGCCGAUGAUGACCUGGCACAGGAUGCAGGCCAUGAUCUCAUCUACGAUGUCGAUUGUGAAGACACGUGGGGCGGUUUUGCAGAGACUCGAGAGCAAGUCGUAGAAGAGGGGAACGCGGCUGCUGAAGAAGAGGGAGGCCCAGCACCAGGUGCAGAGGAAUGGGCAGGUGGAGAAGAGGGAGGCCCGGAAGCAGGUGCAGAGGAAGGGGACCGUGAAGACGUGGGAGGCCCGGAAGCAGGUGUAGAGGAAGCGGACGAUGAAGAGACGGAGUCCGAACAUGGCGACGCGAUCCAUAACGAUCAAGAAGGGCAGGCGGAUGAAGAGGACGAUGAAGAGGUCGAUGAAGUGGAGGACACCGAGUAUAUGGACGCAGGCGAGGGAGACAACGAUGAUGACAGAUCGGAUGACGAGGACGAUGAAGAGACGAAGACCGAUUUUAGCGAUGCUAGUGACGAUGGCAUGGAGGAGGGGGAAAGAGAUGAGCAGGCCAAUUCUCCUCGUCCCCUUCCUCCCUCUGAAUCCCCUUCAUGCCAUUCGAGGACCCCUUCUCCAUUGCGACUCACGGUCUCUGUUCCCCUUACAUCUGCCUCGCUAUCACUCUUCCGCCCUCUCCCGUGUAGCCUCCUCAAGGCGCUUUCGCCUUGCCUCCGCCAUCUCAAGUGCUACUGCCCUUGCUGCACGCCUCUGCGCGGUCACCCGUUCCUGUUUGAGUAUUUGUCUCGCCUCCUCUACCACUCUUUGCCACUCCGCUUCUUCCUCACGCCGCUUUCGCUCUGCCUCCUUCCUAGCACGUUCCACAUUCGUCCUUGCUAUGUUAUUCUCUGCACGCCCCCUCAUGGCCGCAUCGCCGUGUUCGAUAGGUCUCACAUGCGCCUCCCCUUCACCUCUCACCCGUUCCGACUCUCCCUUGACCCGUCGCCCUGUCUCCUCUCCUGCAAGACCUUCCUCACCUGCGGUUGGUAUGACGUACUCUACACGUCGUUUCUUUGCUGCUGUUUGCAGUUCGACUCUUCUAUCCCGCUCCCCAGCUUCCACUCUUCUCCCCUCUACCUCAAACGAUGGGUGAUGAUCCUCUGCAUUGUCCACCGCAUUUACCAUUUCUGUUCCCCUCUCUGUAUGCGUAUCUGUCUCCAACCUCCCCUCUUCGCUCGUAAAGCCCCAUCUCUCAACCAUGUUGGCGAGUGCAGCAUCUAG